AUGUCGAAAGACUGGGGGUGCGGCCGAAAAGGAUGUACGCUGCCGAGGCGGGGCUUUGGUGACACCCGGAGGUUGCGGCUGAUCGUUGCCGGACUGAAAGGAUGGCGGGGAGGGGGAAGCUAAUUGCGGUGAUCGGAGACGAGGACACGGUGACUGGCUUCCUGCUGGGCGGCAUAGGGGAGCUUAACAAGAACCGCCACCCUAAUUUCCUGGUGGUGGAGAAAGAUACUACCAUCAAUGAGAUCGAAGACACUUUCCGGCAGUUUCUAAACCGGGACGACAUCGGCAUCAUCCUCAUCAACCAGUACAUCGCAGAGAUGGUGCGGCACGCGCUCGAUGCCCACCAGCGCUCCAUUCCGGCCGUGCUGGAGAUCCCAUCCAAGGAGCACCCCUAUGAUGCUGCCAAGGACUCCAUCCUGCGCAGGGCCAGGGGCAUGUUCACGGCCGAAGACCUGCGCUAGGGGACUCCCCUCAGCCACGCGGCCUCUCCCCAGGCUUGCCAUCAGCCCUCCUCUAAGAUUCGAGCCUCUGAGUUCCAAUUCCCUGCCCCUUCCCACUCCACCGAGAGGCUAGGUGAGGUGCUUCCGGUUUGCUGGGGCUCUGCCAUUAAAAUCAAGGCUGGUUAGGGUACA